AUGCAGAGAUACAUCUAACAAUAGAAUCAGUAGUAUAAGAAAUCAAUAAUUCUUUAGAGCCUACUUGAUUCAUUAGAGGAGACUAAGUGACAUUAAAUCAAGGAAGAGUUCCCUUCCAAAAUUAGAUAAAACGUUUGAUUCUUAUAAGCAAAACAGAUAUAUAGCUGCCAGAAAAUAAGAAAUUAAUAGAUGGGAAGGAAUUAUGAAAUAGAACAAAAAACUACUUCAUAAAUUAAAUAAUGUGGAGUCCACUUUCCAAAAAUCUGUAAAAUUAAUUAAAAAUAUUUCUGUAUUCAAGAUAAUCAAUUCGUAGCGUAAGUUCUUGUAACUCCAAAAGAUCAAUUGAAUUAAAGGAAAAUAGAAAGAAAGAAAAUGCUAGAAUGCAUAUUAAAUUAUAAUAAAUGUAAUCUAAGUGUAAUAAUUAAGAACAUCUACUUAUGAUAAGUCUAAUAGUAAAACUAGUCCCAGAGCAGUUAAAACCUUACCUAAAUAUUUAAAUAACUAAGAGAAGAGUUUGAAUGUUAAGCCUAUUAAGAAUUUUAAGUUUUAAAACUAGGGGUAUUAGAGACAUAAGAGUUUGUAACAACCAUAAAAAGAAGAAACAAAAAUCAGAAAUAUUAUUUAAUAAUACUAAUAAGUUUUGGAUAAAAUACUGCCUUUAAUAAAAUAAGAAAAAUUGAAUAAAUGA